AGAUGUAUCGAUCCUUUCGAUUCGCCAUGGCCGGCUUCCACCUCCUCUUCCUCGUGCUUGCCCUGACCUUUUGGUGCAACAGCGCUGUCGCCGCCGCGGUUGAUGACCAGCCGCGGCCAAAGCAGGAGGUCUGCAUGGGGUCCUCUUCUUCCUCGUGCCCGGAAGCCGUUGAAGCCGAGCCGCUCAAGGAGGAGGUCAGCGCGUACUUCAGACAUGCUGGUCGCACCAUCCAAGUCGACUUCGUCCUCCCCGCCGACAACAGCGCAGUCGCCACUGGGGACGAGGACCUGCAGCUGCGGCAGGAGGCCAUGGCGCAGGCCAUUACGGUCCUCUCCCGCUACAGCAAAGAGACCACCGACGAGGAGACUCUCAAACGGGCGAUGGGGGUGGUGAACCUCGAGGCCCAGCGGUGGAAGCCCAUCUUCAGGGCCGUCAACAGGGUGAUGGAGAGCGGCGCCGACGACCGCACCAAGGAGGAGGCGUUCGCCCAGGCCAGGGAGAUGCUCAACCGAGACCUCGGCCAGGAAGGUCCCAACGCCCUCAAGAUCGACUUUGGGUAUCUUUGACAUGCGCCGCCAUCUCUGCCUUAAUUUCUAUUUCGGCCUUGGCGAGCCCUAGAUGUAUGUGGUGUUGUUAGUCAUGGUGUGCUCUCGCCCGUGCGCUGCGGCCUGUCGCAGCUGUUGGAGGUUCACCAUUAUUUUCCUUCAUCUUCGUUCUCAACGAGAGUUUGUGAUUGUGCUUGU